CUAUUAUUUGUAACUUUUCGUUUCAAUUGAUGGCUUUUGACUCGUUUGUUUGUGUUUUAUCCAGAUAAGUUGUCGCUCUGUAAAGAUGUUUUGUCCUCCUUUGAAAUCCCUCGUGGCCCCGCCUGUUGGGUUGGUCGUGAGGUGAUCUGGAUAAAACCCGCUGGUAGCGCAGCGUGCAGGUAAAGAGGAGCUACGAUGCUGCGACAGGUAUGAUUGCAGAGGCGCGCUUCUUUGGAGAGGUUCCAGAACACGACGCGUCCUGACGCACAGAGACUUUUACGCACAGAGUUGAAGACUGAACAGCGCAGCGAGGAUGAAGCUGGAGGUGUUGUGUGGAAACUAUUAUGAUGCCAAACACCUGGAGAUGUCUUGUGAGGCGGAGGGGGCUGCGGCGCGAUCUCCUGUCUGCGCGGAGGAGGAGCUGGGAUCCGAUGGAGACGUGGCCCACAGCCCCUCACCUGUCACUCCGUGUGGGAACAGCAAGACCAAGCCGUACACGCGGAGACCCAAACCUCCUCUUUCAUACAUCGCACUGAUCGCCAUGGCCAUCCGGGACUCCCCCUCUGGACGUCUGACCCUGGCGGACAUAAACGACUAUCUGAUGAAGAAGUUCCCGUUCUUCAGGGGGAGCUACACCGGCUGGAAGAACUCUGUCCGACACAACCUGUCUCUAAAUGACUGUUUCCUCAAAGUGCUGCGGGACCCGUCCAGACCCUGGGGGAAGGACAAUUACUGGAUGCUGAAUCCCCAGAGCGAGUACACCUUCGCUGACGGGGUGUUCCGGCGCAGAAGAAAGCGCAUCAACAAAAGGUUCAGCCGGGAGCAUGAAGCGUCCGCGCGCGCAGAGGAGUCCGCGAGCGUCCACAGAACUGACCCGGGCCCCAAGUUCAGCAGUUCCUUUGCUAUUGACAGCAUCCUCAGCAAACCGUUCAAGAGAGACUUUAAUGAAGGACGCCCUCCUCUGUUUCCCGCCGUCAGCUGGCCGUACUGCCCCGAAUUUGUGGCGCGUCAUUCCCACGCACCUGUUCCAGCUCCGUACUUCAGCCACCUCUACCCAAACACCUACAGCUCUGGGAUGCUUUCAUCGAUGUAGGAGGCGACGCACUGAGGAAAAUUCAAAAGACUUUUUCAACUUGAAUCCGAUUUUACUGUGGUGUUUUUUUUUUUUUUUGUACACUUUUUCUAUUGAAGCUCACAUAUCUUCUUUUAUUUAAAGAUUUUUUUCGUUAAAAAAGUUACUGAAGACAUAUUUAACUUUUUUUACUUCAUUGAAGAAUCAUAUGUGCACUUUGUUCUUGUUUUCUUUUAUUUUGUGUUUUUCCUUUGCAAUAAAAAGUGAG